AAAAAUCCAUUUUGCUGUAUUUUUAGAACUAAAAUGUUCUAUUAAUAAGGAUGUUGCGUGAACAAACCAUGUAAAAGUCAAAAUCUUAUCUCAGAGCGUGAAAAAAAAUUCACAAAAAAAUGUCCUUUAAAGCUAUGUGUUAUAAUUGAAAUCUCAAGUCACACAAAAUAAACAUCCAACUGUGUUUUUUAGAUGUUUUCUUUCCAUUUCUCUGAAAGAAAACGUCUUCAAAGUGACCACUGCAUGAAAAAAAAAGUUUUUGCAUGUAGUGUAUCACCUUAAAAGAGUUUUGACACUUUCUAAAUUUACUGUCUGAUUAAAUUUUACCUUUCUGAGUAUUUUAAAGGAUAUAUCAAUUCAGACACACUGCACUGCCCAUUUACUUUGCCCCAAAAUAAAAAGUCCUGUUCAACCCAAGUCAGGUCUACAGAAAUGGUGUGACAUUUUAAUCCCCAGGUUUAACAAUUGAGAGUUAUGCGUUUGUCUGUGACAUCCUUUAUUAUGCUAAUAAGGCAGGUUUUUCUAUUUCAAGUUUGCUUGGUACAUUUUGACAACUGUGCAGGGGAUUGGAAUCAAAAGAUAAAAAUAAUCUGCCACCGCUGAAAAAUGAAAAUAUCUAUCAUUUGGGUACUGCUACCUUUUCUGUUUGGAAACUGAAGAUUUCAUUUGACGGGCGGACCGAGUUGCCAUGGAGAUGGUUUUACUGCCACCACGUGACCUACGUCAGUUCAAAUUCAAUCAGUCUCCAGGGCCCUUGUCGUUGCACUGAUGGAAUAUUCCCAACAGAUGAUAUAGAACUGAAAUCUUUUUUCCUACAACGUCGUCCUGUCUCCAGGGUGGAGCAGCAGACAUCUUAAGGUGUUGAAUGGCUUCUGGUAUGAGCUUGUUUCUUGUGAUUUCCAGACUCUGUCUUGACGUUUUUAUAGCCAAUCCAAUGAUUGGACACCCACUGAGAUGACUCUUGUAGCUCUGGAGGAAUUGUCUGUGUCCAUGUUGACUUUUACCAUUGGUUUGGUGUGUAUCUCUCUUCAUUUACUCACUGUAUUGAAAGGACUUUACCAUUGAACCUUUAUAUUGUCUUUAAUUUUUAGAGUUAUAAUUAAGAUGCUGAUUUGUUUAGGUGCAUUGUAAGUCUCCGCAUGGUGUUCAGAAAUGGCAGCUUACCAUUUUCUACAAUGGAAAAUUUACCCUCAUACCAAGUCCAGUUUCCAGGAGAUAUAGCAGCUAUUCUUAGCGCAAUCACUUCACAAUGUUCCAUGCACAAAUUACCUAUAAUGAUCCCACUGUUCCUUGAGUCUGCUUUUAACAAAUACCCAAAAUGAUCAUGAGCUUUUCAUGAUUUCAGCCAUGCCAGUGGCAAGAUUUCAUCAGAUGGAUCGGCAUGAAAUGUGGUGCAGACAUUCAUUGUUCCCAAAGGAUGAUUCCAAAUGAUUUUAUCUCCAGCUCCACCAGCAGGUUGCUAUUUUUGCUUUUCAGGGAAAUAUCUCAACAGCUGUUUGAUUGGAUACCACAUUUCACAGCCAUAGUGGUCAAAAAUAUAUUUGAAUAGCCUCAAAGUGUGGUUAAUAUUUGUUGUUGUUACUGUUGGUACACACAUUAAUGUCCCCCUUAGGAUGAAUUGUGACCUCUUUGGUGAUUCAGAGGAUUUUUGUGCAGCGUCAUCGGGUUAAAGAUAUUUAUUGUUCCAGUUUUUUGAUUUAUAGAAAAUACUUGCAAAACUAAUAACACUUUCUUCAGCCUUAGCUGUACUUUGCAUUGGAACGCAUUAAACUAAGAUGAUGAAUGGUAAACAUUUAACCUGCUGAACAUCAGAGUGUUAGUUUUGCCAUGCUGAGCAGGCUGUUAUUACAACUAAAGCAUAGCUCAAAGCUCUGUCUGCGGCUGCUGUGUCUAAACACAGCCUCACAGAGCUGCGAGCAUGGCUGUAUAAUCCAAGUCUUCCUAAAAUAUUUAUCUGGACAUCUGCUCUUAAAUUCUAUUCCCUAUUUAAACUUCUCCUUAAAUUUAAGAAACACUCUUACUAAAACUCAAAAGCAGAAUUCCGUUUGCUUGUACACCUUGAGCCAUCUUCAAUUAUUAUUUUGUUGAACUAUGUAACUACACUUGCUUUACAAGCCAUUUGGAGAUUUUGAAAUGGGAUUCACCACAAAAUUACAAAGCACUAUAGGAGUAUCCACCGAUUCCCUGCUCUGAUUCCCUGCUCUGAUCCCCCUGCUGCUGUCCUGAAUCUCAUUUUAGCUGGGAUUGCAGUUGGUGGAGACAGUCAUGCAUCAUUUUUGAGAGGGACUUUUUUUUUUUCUCCUGAGGAUGAAAUUAAACUGGGGUGGAUGGGGUCACAGGAGGAGCCCUUUUUAACAUCCCAGACAAGAGUUUCUGCAUGAGCUUGAGGUUUCAUGGGAGCUGAACACCACUGUCGUCAGUGUUCAGCUAAUUAAAAUGAGAUAGAAAAUCAGUCCCAGUGAAAUAUUAAAUAUUAACUUGACUGUGACUUGCAGCAUCUAUCAUUUGAUAGACACUGUAAUUAAGAUAAUGAAGUUUAAAUGCAUUAGUAGUUCUAUUUAAAACAGUGCUGCUCCCAAUUUAAUUAAGUGUUAAAGGUGUCUUCUUUGUCGUAAUUCAAGUCUUUUUGCAAACUUUGCAAACUUAGGCAUUUUCUAAUUCUUAUAAGUUCUUUUUUAAAAAAUCUAUUUUACUAUAAAGGACCACACCAUCCAUGAGAUGCACAUGACUUUAUCUUGCUUUUGCCUUUUUAGCACAUAGUGUACAGUGUUUACUUUAUGUUCUUAUUAGCUCACAUGAAGAAAACCCUACUUACUGUAAAUAGAUUAUUUUAAUGCAAAUCCUCCACAGACACCAGUAGUGUUGACCUUUGUGCAUGCACUUUUACAAAUAAAUGUUUUGUUUUAGAUUCUAAUGCUUGUUUAAUAAUGGUCCGAAUCACUUUGCAUUGAUAUGAACUCUUAUACUGGAAACAGAACAAGAACUCUUCUGCACAUUAUAAUGAUAUUAGUCCUGCUAUUUCAUUAUUUAUCUUUUUGAUAGCAUAUUAUAUCUCCAUCUACAGGUUAUGUAAUCUGGGCCUUUGCAUGAAGUAUGAUAAUUGCAGUCCAUUCAAUUAUAGUGGCAACACAGAGGAAAUGAAAGUAGUGAAAAAGACCCAGCGCUAGUCUACUGUCAGGGACCAGAUCUUUUCUUGCCUUUCUUUUUGUCUGUAACCUUCAGAGUGGAUGUGACAUUAGUGUCUUCAGACAUGAUUUGAGACAAAUACCAUCUUUCGUAUUCAUCUGUAGCUUCAUCGCUCCUCACUUAUCUCUCCUUGCCCCCCCUUGCAGUCCCAUCUAUCUCUAAUUUCAGUCUUCCCUUCCAUCUUCCUCUCUCUCACUUUCUCACUCCUCCUCCCCGAUGCCUGUCAGCCGCCCGAGGGCAGAGCAAGAGAGUCAAAUAGUACAAUCUGAGGUUGCUGCUGAAACUGGUAGAUAAAGAGAGAGAGGGUGUGGAACAGAAGUGGUUUCAAUUUAUAAUGACAAAGCUCUUGUCCUUUUUAUUGUGUGUGUAUCUGUGGUAAACACUAAGUGAUCACAUCAUGUCAUAGUUACAAACUCUUUACAUGGCACCUGGGGUAAUUCCACCUUCCCCUAACCAUCUGCCUUUGGGAUAAUGACCGCUAUUGAGUGAUUGACGUCACAGUUUCUUACAGACUUUGUUCCUUUUCUGCCUGAAAAUAGACGCUGCUCUUAUGAGAGUCAGUCAAUACCAUUCCCCUUGGGAGGACAGGAGGAGAAGGAGUACAAGCAAAAUAAUGAGUAUGUAUCUUCUACUAGUGAGAGUUUCCCCUUCUUUUUUUUUUUGCCUUUUUUUAUUUGGGAAGUUGGAGAGUAUACAAAAAUGGAUGGCAAGGACAUAUGCUGCCCUCAGGCCCUCGCAGUGAGACUUGCCAAAUAUAAUACCCACACUUCCUUAGGGUGCACUUGGACCCCGCGGGGAGAAAAAUCAAACCUAGCACACACAUGCUCCUAUAAACACAAAACGAUAAUGAACACCCAUUGAUCCGGGAUGAGGUAAGGAAGGGUUUGGGGCAUAAACAACUGUGCAAUCUGUGCACGGGGCAAAACAAGGCAGGAGUAGAUCAAAAGAUUGAGAGUGGAGCAGUGUGCACUCCUCAUACCUGGUUCAUGGAUACUGCACAAGAUGCCAUUGUAAUUUAUUCCCGUGCAAAUGUUAGACGUUGCAUCAGGCCGUCUGGGGGACUGGCUUCCAUGGGUUUAAAUCUGUGGCUCAACGAGGCUUGUCUUGGGUCCCACUGCUAUAUUAUCGCUACAGUGAAACCAAAACUAUUAUUUCUCAUUUUCAAUCCAUACUAUUACAGCACUGAAUAUGGAUCUACUGUGAGCACAGAGCAUGUAUUGUAUCUGAGUGAUGAAACUUGUAUCGCUUAUUGUACUGAGGCAGGAUAAUGGGGAUAUUAGAAUAUACAUGAACUGUUAAUGUGGACACACAGAGAGACAUAUUUAUAGUGGCAAUCAUUUAAAGCAAAAGCAGUGAGAAUCCUGGCACAUUAAAUGAUUCCUUCCUUGUGAUGCACCCAAAACAAUUUCUCGCCUGAGUAACCGUACUUGCUUGUACUACAAUCUGAUUAAGCUGACUCUCGGUCUGGGAAGAGACAAGAGAGGGUCUCCGUCCGCUUGCACUACUCUCUCUCUCUCUCUCUGUCUCUUUCUUUUAAAUCAUCCAUUCACACUCUGCCUAAUAACAGUCAUCUGUAAUGAGAAUUGUAAGACUGAUCCCGACAUGCAUGGGGUUAAUGGCAUCCAUUUGUUAGAUUAGGCUUCAUUCUGUAAAAUGGCCUCUUUAAGAUGCUGAAAAAAACAAAAGUUGCCACCGCCAUCAACACACUCAAUGCAUGGAUAAGAAAACUUUGGAAAAAUAUGUAUAGAGAUUAUUUCAAAUAUGUAUACAUUUAUGGAUUGGACUUGACUUAUGUAUUUCCAUUAGCACUCACAGACACUGAGGUACAGGGUUCCAGUGACGAUGCCAGCAUAUGCAUUCACACAGACUCAGCACAGAGUCUCCCAGAAUUCAGCUUCACCACUGGCUCUCGAAGAUGUGAUUCAAAUCUUAAAUGAGUCUCUGAAUUAGUGAAAGAUGUUUAAAAGAAUGCUGACAGCGUGACUCAUACCCAAUUAGCCUUAAUAAGCCAAUUCUGGAAAUGACAAAGAAUAAAAUUAGAGAGCGAGUGAUUCUUUUAAAUGAUGAGACCAUUAAAAAAUAGGCGUAUGAUUAGACUGAUUGCUUUAUUUGGAAUAAAGAUUAGCUAUCUGUUUGUGCUUGUGGGCACUAACAGGAGAAACUUGGCUUCUCCUCGGUAGCUUCAGCAGCAUUAAUCUUCUCAUUUCAUGGGGCUCAGUAAAGCUCAGUACAACAGUGCUCAAAGGUUAUAAAUUGAGAUACUAUAAAACUCCACAUUCCAUAAUGUAGUGUUAAGGGUUGGAUAUUGCUUCCAUUUUCAAAAGGAAAUAGUCCAUGACAUGUCAUUUGACUAAUAUACAAGUUGAGAAUCACAUUUAUUAGUUCUACUAAUGUACAGCUCACUGAGAGAGUUUAACUAACACGUGUCUUAUUUUAUGUUACAAGAAGAAAAGCUUUCUGCAUCGGUGAAGUGAAUCUACUUACUGUAUAAAUCUUUUUUUCUUCUUCUUUCUUCUUGUUUUGACAUGCCACAGUUGAGAAAGCACAGGUAUAGCAAAACAAACGUAGUGAUUCUCAUUUUCAGGUUUGUGAUAUUAUGCAUGGUGCCUCAUUGUCACACUGUCAUGGCUUAUUGUUACACUUGAACAAAGCAGAAGCAUUGUUAAUUAUUAGUUGCACUUCUGCCUUUCUUCCUGUGACAAGAGUUGUAUCGUGUUUGACAGGAAAAGGUUACUCUAUCUCAUCAAUUAUUGAGAUCCAGGUUUGAAUAGGAAGAUAAUUGCUGUAUGUGCCAACUCUGUCUUGAAAUACUGGAUGGUUCAACAAAAACGUGCUCACAAAUGUUUCUAUCCUUCAAAAGCAUUGUUAGCUUUUAUAAGCAAGAAUUUGUUGACUACUUAGUGUAACUUCCAUUUGCUGUUCCAUAUGUUUGACAAAUCUAAUGAGUUUCUUCCAGAGUAACAGUCUUUUUAGUGCAAAUUUCCUCUUAGUGUUUCCAUAGAUGGUGCUCCCUUGCUGAGCUGUGGUGGAGGAUCAUUUCAAAAAAAAAAAGAGGAGUUUGGCAUUAAAAAGACAGUAACUUUGGGACUUUAACACUCUGACUCAGACUACUGAUGCCUCAUAUUUGCUUCAGCAGAACUUUGGAAUUUAAUGGUGCAAGGAGAGAGGAAAUUGACUUUUUGUCACACAUCUCUUAGCAAAGAAGUCAACUUUUUGUUGCUAGCAUGGCCAGAACGAACCAUUAAAGUAGCUUUAUUGUAUAUAUGGGCAUGUGAAGGUUGAUUUGAACACACUUGAAAGAAUGUGUGAUCUAUUAUAAUGGUGCCACUUCCUAACACUACCUGGGUGGAAAAUGACUUGGUUACAAAGUAAUUUUCCACCCAUUUGUGUAUAGCCUCUUCAUCCUGUUGAGGCUCGCAGGGGGCUGAUUGCAGGGCUAACUCAAAGAAACAAAUAACCAUGUCCACUCACGUUCACACCCACAGCCAAUUUAGAAGCAGCAAUUAACCUACCAGGCAUGCAUUUGCACCGCAGGAAGAAGCUGGAACACUUGGAGAAAAUCCACGCAGGCACAAGGAAAACCAGCAAACUCCACAUAAAAGGGUCCAGGUUGACUAGCAGGUUCAAACCCCCCAUUGUGCCAACUCUCAAGUACUUUGGUAGCUGUACAAGGAAAUAUAGCAAAUGUCAGUCUUGCUGCCUUUUACUUCAAAUGCUGAUUUUGAAAGCAUCUAUGCUACCAUAGGGGUAUAGCGACAAGACAGUGUGACUUACAGAUACGUCUGGUAAGUUCACCUCAGUUUAAUGUCUGAGCUGAAGUAACUUUCUCAUGUUUUGGCUUUGUUAUCUCAAAGAUUUGCAUUUGUGAUAUAAGUCUGUUUGAUCUUUCUGUCUGAUCUCUCUCUCUGAAAAUUCUUGGAUUCCAGUCAAGGUCCCAGAAGUGUUGCCUUGUGGAGUAAAAGUGUGAAAACUUCACUUUUUGAGGGGUGGUGCUGGUGGUGGUUGGGUGUUAUGCCACUAGAACUUUUUGAAUUAGACUUUCAAAGAGACUAAGACUGCUCAUUUUUCACGUGUGCACACAAAAACACCACAGGAAUAUGUUAUAAAGGCGAGGUGUUAUUUCAGUGUGAUACCUUGAAGAUAUUUCACCUCUGAUCCAAGAGGUUUCUUCUUCAGAACUGAAGAAAGCUCUUGCUUGAGAGGUGAAACAUCUUCAAGAACUAAAAAGAGAUGUCUAGUUGCCUUUUAUUGACAUUCUUAGAAUUACAAAGACCUGGAUGACUGAGAAUCUACACAUAAAUUCAUGGAUAUAUUUUGUGUUUUCUGCAUGACAGAAGCAGACAUCAAAUGUCACGUUUACUUUUCAACACGGAUGGACUCGGCUCCAGGCCAAUGACAGCAGGCACCAUAGUGUCCAGGUAACGUCAUUUCACCACAGGUAAGGAGCUUCUUGGAUGGACUGACACUCUACUACAUCCCCUCUUCAAUCAGCCACCAUGGAAGAACUCCAGAGAAAACUGAACCAACGCUAUGAAGGCACCAAGCCCAGAAAGGUGAGGUUCAAGCUGGCGUCCUCCUACAGCGGUCGGGUGCUGAAGCACGUGUACGAGGACGGUCAGGAGCUGGACAGUCCAGAGGAGAAAUACCCCCACAGCUUCGUCCACCGCAAAAUCCCUCCAAACCACCUUGAGAUGGAGCAGCUCUGUGGGUUUGAGGAUACUCAUGCAGACCAACAGGGUGUCUAUCCUCCAACAGGGCUCAUUGCCCAGAGAAUAAAUGUGUACAGAGGAAUGGGAAGCUACAAGCCUGCUGCUAGCCAGACUGACGAAGCAGAGGGAGACGACAAGUCCUCUGUGUUAGACUUUGGCAAGAUAAUCAUCUACACCAGCAAUCUGCGCAUCAUCAGAGCACCAGCGAAGAAGCCUGACUCGCUGCGGCACCACACAGUGCCUCCUGUGGACUUGGAGGGAUACCCAAAGGCCAGGGACAGGGGGAGCCGGAGGAGGGCUAAAUCUCUUUCUGCACAGGAGGGGGAGGAGAUGGGGGAGAGACAGAUCAGCGACACAGAUACCAAGGAGGCCGACAGCUGCCAGCAUUGUGGCGGUUCGGGCUGCGCUCCCUGCUCUCUGUGUCACGGUAGCAAGCUGUCCAUGCUGGCAAACCGCUUCAAUGAGUCCAUCAGUGAUCUGCGUUGCCAAGCCUGCUACCCCCAUGGUCUGGAGAAGUGCCAGUCCUGCUCCAGUAAAUAGCACCAUUUGGCUGACACCCAUGUCUGGCAGAGAAAGAGUGAGUGAGUGAAUGUGAGUGUGUUACUGUGAGCGAGUGUGCGCCCAAUGCGCUAUCAGUUUGUCAGAAUUGUCUCAGUGGCAAUAUUGCUCUAAUCCAAAAUGUUCUUGGUGGGGUGUUUCGAGGCACUACUAGGAAACAUAAGCCAUCAUUGGAAAGGGGAAUUGUAACUGUGGAGCGGACACAAAAUCAUAAAAUACAAUUACUGUGUGCAGUGAACAUGGCUUGUGAUAACACAAACACAUAAUCGCUUUUUUUGUUGUCACAUUUAUUUGCGUCUGCCGCCCUUCUUCCUGAUAAAACCUGGUUCCACAACAGAGUUAUCAUUUUAAUUAAAAUGAUGCAAACAUUUUCCAGUUUAUUGUAUCUACUGGGAAGACUGCCCUGUUCCUAUCUCCCCUGUCUAUUCACCAGAGAGAAUAGAGCUGCUUUCAUCCAAACAUGAAAUGCUCUAUGAGGGUAAUUGAUGCUUUUAUUUUGUGGGAAAAUGAGACAAGAGUUUUGUGAUGGAGAGACAGGGGAAAAAAAAUUACAGACUGAGUAAAAGAUAAAAAUAAGUGAGAAAAGGCUGGUGGUUUUAUAAAUGGUAACUGCAUGGAGCAGAAGAAAAUGACUAAGUUUAGCUCCACCCAAAUCGAUUAAAAAAAAAAAAAAAAAAAAGAAAUUCUACUUCUUUGUGAAGGCUGAUAGUGAAGAAAAUGUUCAGUCAUACGAACUCUAGUUGACCAUUACUACUGUUGUUUGUAGGAUAUAAAGUUGCAAAACAAAGUUUAGACUAACAGUGUACUGUCUAAAUGUGUGGCAUUCAGCAUAUUGAUUUUGGAUCGAGUGUCACUAAGACUGUUUUAUUGUGAAAGCAUAAGAAAUAUAAUAGAUAUUAAGACAAAAGAGGUGAGUGAAAUAAAUAACAGCAGUUCUGUAGAACAGCUCAAAAGGUUAUACAUAAUAUUAAAUAUUAAAUUUUGUUUUUUUACAAUUAAUUAGUAUUAUUUUUCUGAGAUUAUUGACAUUCUAAGUUGUUUCAAAGCUUUAUCUACGCAGUUUUGACAUAUGAAUGGAAUAAACACUUAAAUGCUUUA